AUUAUCGUACUCAUCAAAAACUCACAAUCCUACAAAAUCCUGAUCUAUGCACCAAAAGUAUUCCACAGUCACGUCAAUUUCAUGGGUCAUAUCGCAGAUGCUUUAGUUACUGCGGGCCAUGAAGUUGUAAGUCAUCCCGCUUCAUAA